AUGCCACCCAAAAGGAAUCAAAAGUCGCGCUUAAACUCAUUGGUUGAAAUUAAGCCAACCAAGGAAAGUUUACCAAAAACUGUUACCAAAACUUCAAAACUCUUAACAAUGGAAGUCAAAUCCAUAACAGAUGCAGAAGAAGCAACAUAUGAAGGAGAAGAUUAUGAAGAAAUUGAGUUUGAAGAAUCCUACAAUGAAUUGAAAAUGCCACUAUCAAGAACAUCUUUGUUGAUCCAGGAUUAUCUACAAUUUAAGGCCGCACGCUGUGUGCAGCGUUUCGUGCGCGGUUGGUUAAAAUGCUUGAAAUAUAGACGCCAACGUCUGGCAGCCAUAAGGAUUCAAUGUGAAUGGCGUAGAUUUUAUUGUCAGCGCAUAUACUUUCGCAAAGUGGAGGAGACUUUGCAGCAGCAUAUAGAGCAACAUUAUUAUCGUGCUGCUCAAAAGAUUCAGGCUUUAUGGCGUGGUUGGUGGGUGCGUCAUUACAUACACGAUCAUACACGUUUGAUGCGUUUGCAAUUGUUGGCGGGAGAAGAUCUGCUGUAUUGUGUGGCCUUUAAGUUGCAUCAUUUGUUAAGAACUCAUCAGAUACCGGGAGUAUACUCUUUGAGGAAUAGCAGCGCUCUUUCCAAAGUGGAACAACUCUUGGCUUCUUUAACAUUCAAAACCUGCAAUCAACGUUCGGUACAAGCCAAGGAGCAACGUCAUCAUGAAAUUGAAGCUGCUAGAAAGCAACAUAAGAAAUCAGCUUAUGGCACCAAAGUACCAUUUCCAGGACCCGAUAUACACAAUCUAUGUACACCGAAAUGUAUGCCACUCUAUAAUGCCAAAGAUGCCGAUAUGAGAAUGUCCAAAAUUUUGCAAAUCUAUGAAGAAGCAAAUCGAGAAAGUUUGAAACCGAAGCAGUUUAGGAAGAAAGGAUCUUCCAAACAUUCUCAAGUCGCUGCUUAUCUAGCCAAACCCUCCUCAUUUUGUGAUGAUGUAGUGGAUAGCAUGAAAAAAUGGAAAAUUAUAAAGGAAAAUAAUCUUAAUGUGGACUCGAAUGUUUUCAAAAAACCUCAAAAUGUGGAGAAUUUCCUUAAAGAAAUUGAAUCCAAAAUGAGUCUUUUGCAGGGCAAUUGUUAUUGUAGGCGAGAAUUUCUGGAAGAGUUAAAUAAAGAAAAGGCAAAGCAUCUGCCAGAUCAGGGAAACAAAGUAACACAAAAUAGACAAACAUCUUCGGUAGCUAGCGAGGAGAUAAAAUCUUCGAUGUCAUCUUGUUCAGGGGUUAGUGUGGCUGAACGUUAUAUGGUCUCCCCAGAUGAAUCAAAAUCGAAUUCAAUAAAUUCUUCCGGAAGUUUCAAAUAUAACAAUCAAGACAAAGGAGUUAAUAUAACAAAUGCGAGUGGAUAA